AUGGUGUUGUAUAAGCGAAAACAAGUGCCGUUUACUGCACCACCAGACAUGCCCCUGGAUCCAGAGACUCAAGUUUGGGUGAUUCCACGUACAAAGGAAUGGUUCCUCACAUAUGAAGAGUACCUUGAAAGAUUAGACUUUUACAACAGACCCAAGUUUGUAUGCGAAAUAACUGGUAACUCGUGUCUCACAUAUUUCCAGGCACUAGACAGCGAAGAACACGAGAGGAAAGAAGUGGACAAAAACUUUCCAGAAAAUCUCCGAGAACAUAUACUACGCUACUUGCAAUUCAAUCGAGUAUCACGAUCAGACCAAUUGGUUGACCAAGUAUACCACACAUUCAAAAACGACUAUUUUCCAGGCGAAACCGUUUAUUUAAAAGGAUUGGACAAAAAAGAGCCCUUGGGAAGACUGCGUGGUAUAAUCAGAGAAAAAGUACAGUAUGGUGAAAACCAACCUACAAAGUACCUUGUUGUCCGGUCCAGCGACAAGUACCAGGCCAUCGUCACCCAAGAAGUAAUCUCAAGAGAUCGAAAUCAAUUCACAAAAUGGCUUAUAAAAACAUUCAUCAAACUCACAAUGACAAGAUCUCACAAGGUUGGUGCACCAUGGGUGGUGAAGAGUACAUUUGCCAAACAAUAUGGCAUUCCAACAACUUACCCAGAAGAUCUUCGACAGUACAUGGAGUCCACACCCUCAGGCGAACCAGUAUUUAUGAUUCCUAAAAAGAAGAAAACAAGGAAAAGAGGAAGAACAGCUAGUGAAGCCAAGAAGGAAUCAAAACAGGAAGCCAAGAAGGAAGCCAAACAGGAAUCUAAACGAAAGAAGGAGCAACUAGCCAAUGCUGAAGCAAAAAGAAGAAAACUUGCUAAAAAGGAGGAAGAAAGACAACAAAAACUACUAGAAAAACAACAAAAGCAACUACUAAAGAAACAACAAAAGCAACUUGAGAAACAACAACAAAAGCUACAACAAAAACAAGAACAAUUGAAAAGGGAAAAAGAACAACUAAAAGCAGCUACUCCAACAGUUGAUAUGUCAGCCACUAUUCCAUACCGUAAAAAGUUUCCCACUCACCACAUACCAGAGGCACUCCAAAGAGAGAUUGAAGAAGAAGAACGCAACGGUUCACAAACACUUGUACUCUCACUGUUUCAGCCUACAAAGAAAAGUAUUGCCGAGGACUUGUUGAUAAAAUUUGACAUUCAAAACUCAAAACCAGUUGCCAAAAAACUCAAAAUCCAAACUGUGGGAACGAGUGAGGAGGAGGAGGAAGAAGAAGAAGAAGAAGAAGAAGAAGAAGAAGGAGAUGAUCAUGGAAAAGAAAAUCGUGAAGUCACAAGUUCCUCUAUAGUAAAGGCAGUUUCUGAAGCUCUCCAAGUGUGGGUCUUUAUGAAUGUGUACCAUAACGUACUAAACAUUGACACAUUCACCUUUGACGACUUUAUAAUUGCAAUGAGUUGCAAUUUGCAAGAAUACGGUUCAUACAUGACAGAUGAAAUUUAUUGUGCCUUGCUAUGCAAAAUUGUAUCUAGUGAAUUACCAAGUAGCAAGACUAUCAAGGAUGCAGACCCAGAUGAGAUCUUUGGGUUGAAUGUGGUGAUACCUGAACGGGUGGAAGAGGACGAUGAGAAUGAAGAAGCAGAGGAAGAGGAGCAGGAGGAUGUAAAAGAAGAAAAGGAAGGAGAAGAUAAAGGAGAAGAGAAAGAGAAAGAGAAAGAAGAAGAAAAAGAGAAAGAACAAGCUAAUGGUAGUAAAAAUGAUGAUGAUGAUGAUGUUGAUGAUGAUGAUGAUGAUAACGAUACAGUGAAAUCACAUCACAGUGAAGAUGAAGAAGACAAGAUGGAGGUUGAUUCUCAAUCAGAGAUUGAAGAAGCUUCUAACAAAAACCACUCGGCACAUGUAUUACUCAAUUACAAAGGCAUUCCAUGGCAUGACCGAUUGAGGAAAAGGAAUUUUAAAGAUGGUCAUUGGCAAGUCUGUCUCAUUGGUGUAUUAUCCUUGGUUGAACACAUUCCAAAAUAUUUGCCUAUUAUUGAAGAAAUAUUCACCGUAUUAGCGCCAAAGAGUUCCAGCCCCACACCCUCUUCUGUCAAAUCCAACUUUUUCGAAAACUUGAACAUCGAUUUGAAAUUACAUUCAUUGUGCAUCUUGACUGAUUUGCUCAUACCGAGUCAAAUGGUUCGAAACUACAUUGACGAAUGUCUUGAAAACCAAACAUCGCUUCGGAGAACCAGGUUGGAGAACCUAAAAGAAUUUAAGUCGCAUGUAGAAAUAGCAAAAGAAGCCCACACAUACACCACGAAAGCCUUGCCUAAACCCGAUCCAUCUGAAGUUGUACCACCAGCUUCCAUCAAGUCAGAGUCCAUUGGUGAAGAAGAGAUCAACAAAAAUGGACAAGUAAUGGCAUCGCCUCCUGAGGCUUGGAAUCCAUUAAAACCAAGUUCGUUAGAAAUGACCGAAGCAGAAAAGGAGUUUGCACAAAAUAACUCCGAAUUCCGUGAGAAAUGCGAAGUUCGCAAACAAGCAUUAUUGAAAAUACAAGAAAUCAAAGCAAGCAAAAAAUUGAUUGAACAGAAACUUAAUGAACUUGAUUGUCAAAGAGUCAAGCUUUUGGGUAAAGACCGCUUGCAUAAUCGAUAUUGGUGGUUUGAAAAUAAUGGGUUGCCAACACUACAUGCGGGCUCAUCUGGUGAUGGCGAUGGCGAUGAUAAUAAUGAUAACGACGAUGCAGCAGAUGCAGAUGCAGAUGAUGAGAAUGUAAAUAAUAAUAAUAAUAAUAACAACAACAAUCAUAAUCUUAAUGGCGACGAGGGCAAUAGUGGUCAUCACAGCAAUGGCUAUAAAAAGAAGGAUUACGAAUAUCACACACAAAAUGGUGAUGCAAAUGGUCGUGUCAAUGGAAGCGGACAUGCUGAUAGUGUUAAUAAUAAUGCCGAGGAGGAAGAUGGAGAAGGUGGAGUUCGCGAUGAAACGUACCUCAUGGGUCGGUUAUGGGUGCAAGGUCCAAGUAAUAGUGAUAUCAUUGCCAACUUUAAGUGCGAAAUUGAUUUCAUCCGCCAGCUUGCUAAUUCAAUGGACGAGUUGGAAGUUGAAGAGGAUAAAAGGGAAGUGAAGAGCGAGGCAGAUUCUAGCGAGAUUGUUAAUGACUCAACCAUCUCUACCACCAACAGUUCCAACACCAGAACAACAAAUAGUACUACUGGUAGUACUGGUAUCAACAAAAGUGGUGAUAGUACUGCUGAUAGCACCAUUACCACCAUCACUUCUACAUCCACCAAUAAAAAUAGGACGAAACAACUAGACUACGAUGCUCUCCCACUGCAGUUUAAACAAGCCGCAUCAUCGAUUGGAUUAGAAUUCAAUGACAAGCAUAUUAGUCAUAAAGAUUCUGUCGAUGAACACAUUGUUGAUAAUGAAGGGUUAGUCCUAGUUCCUCUUGCAAAAAUUUCCUCCAUUCAGCGAAAGUUUAUUGAAGAGUACCAAGACCCAAUUUUGAAUGGCGACUCAUGGAGAUAUUAUGACGAUCCCGAGGAUAUAGUAAAGUUACUUUCAUGGUUGAAUCCGUGGGGUAAACGUGAAUCUUCAUUGAGAAAAGAAUUGAUGACAGUCAAACACGCGAUUAUAUCAAGUAUGCAAGCAAGAAAAAAAGCUUUGUUUAUAAAUACACCAUCACCUCAGGAGCAAGAGCUUCUUACUCAAAUUAAUUUGUUGAAAAACAGGCUGUCUGAGCUCGAAUCAGAAGCAAUUAAAAAAGAAGCCGAUGAGCAAGCAGCAGGAAACAAAUCCAUUUCUCCAGAUGGUGAACGCGAUGAUUCAAAUGGCAUUGCACGAAGAAGGGCAAUACGUCCUCGUUCAAGAAGAGGCAAGGAUAAGUUGACGAUAACACCUGAUUCUACAACCGAAGAAGUCGUGAAAUAUGGGGAUAUUAAUGAUAUUAAUACAAAAAUCAAAUUACUUCAAUCCGAACUCAAAGAGGCCAAAGAAGAGGACGAGAUCAAUCGAGUCACUGAAUGGGUCAAUUCUCGAGCCCUUGAACUCUUCAACAAAUCGCUUUAUGAAGGAGGAGACAAACCAAAAAGAACCAAGAGAAAGUAA